AUGCCUUCUCCUAUUUCUCAUGGUCUGGGAGGAAUUAGGGGAGCCUAUGGUGGUCUUUGUCAUAAAAUAGGCUUGGAUGCGGUUGAUAAAGAUGUGAGCUCAAAAGUGCAGAAGUGGCCACCAACGGAGCCACCCAUGGACCGUAGGUCCAAUGAAAGGCCGUGGGUGGUUCAUGGUGGUAAUCUAAUCGGAGAUGUAGAGAGGGUACAAAAACCACCAGCACUUAGGUUGAAUGAUAACUACAAGGUUGACUACAAUACAGUUGAAUUAGAAGGGCCCAUUGUUCUUUCGCCGCUACCUCCGGGGCAUACAUUUAUGGUAACUAGCAGUUUGAUGCAAAUGCUCACAACAAGAGGGUUAUUCUCUGGUCUAGCUUCGGAAGAUCAACAUGGUCGCAUGGCUAAGUUGAGAAGUGAUUGCACGAGUUGUGUGGGAAGACCAGAAUCGAAUAUGAAUGUCAUAGGUUCUAGAGUCUUCCCUCUAUCAUAUACUGGUGAUGCUGCAGUGUGGUUUUCUAAGCUUCCAUAUAAUUUGAUUCAUACAUGGGACCAAUUGCAUAAGGUGUUUAUGGCGAAGUAUUUCCCAGUGUCUAAGAAGCUAAAUCACAAGGAUAAACUGAAUAACUUUGUAGCACUACCUGGAGAGUCUGUAAGUAGUUCAUGGGAUAGGUUCAUUGCGUUCAUCAGAAGUGUUUCGAAUCACCGCAUAGAUGAUGAAUCAUUGAAGAAGUAUUUCUAUAGAGGUCAAGAUGACAAUGGAAAGGUUCUGCUUGAUACUAUUGCUGGAGGGUCAUAUGUUCAAACUGCACCUAACCAAGACAAUGAUGAUAUUCGUGAAGAGAUGGCUCAAAUGAGGACAAAAUUGGGUUUGGUAUUAAAGCAUGUGAGUGAAGGUGCAGAAAAAGUGAAUGUGGUAAACUACUUAACUAGAGCUCCACCAUCACCAGUUGAGGAAUGUCAAGGAAACCAAGGUCGGAACUAUGGAGGCUGCAACCGUGAGGGGAACUACAACUGUGAGGGUAACUAUGUCCGGGAUGGGAACUACAAUCAUGACAACAACUAUAACUGGAACAACUAUGGCAACAAAAAUGAUAAGGUUGGUCCCUAUGUUCCUCUUGAUAAUAGAGAGGGUGUGUCGAUCAAGCAACUUGAGCAGCAGUUUAUUCAGUUGUCCACCAAUGAAAAUCCAUGUCAUCAUGGUACACUUCCUAGCAACACCAUCCAGAAUCUGAAAAAUGAUGGGCAUUAUAUGGCAGUCACUACUCGCGGAGAAAAGCAGACCAUUGAUCCACCCAUGCCGUCUGAGGUUGAAAAAGUGGUAGAGAAUGAAGAAGGUGAGAUUGAGGUUACUGAAGGCCCAAAAGAUAGUGUUGAAAAGGAAGCUGAGGUGACCCAAAAGGUUGUUCCUAUGCGUAGACCUUCGCUUCCAUUCCCACAGAGAUUUGUGAACAAGACUGAAGAGGGUAAAAACUGCAAGUUCAUUACUAUGUUGAAGCAACUUUCUAUCAAUAUUUCGUUGAUAGAAGCCUUGGAGAAAAUGCUUGGGUAUGCAAAAUUUAUGAAAGAUUUGGUGACCAAAAAGAGGGUUGUGAGUUUUGAGAAUGAUGAGAGAAUACAACAUUGCAGUGCCAUUGCUACUAGGUCACUUGUGCAAAAGAAAGAGGAUCCUGGAGCUUUCACUAUUCCUUGUACCAUUGGGAUGUUACACUUUGUGAAAGCUUUGUGCGAUUUAGGUUCCAACAUUAAUUUUAUGCCAUUGUCCAUAUACAAGAAGUUGGGUUUAGGGGCUCCAAAACCGACUAUAAUGCAUCUACUCACUAUCGAUAGAAAUGUGAAGAAGCCAAUUGAUGUGCUCCACGAUGUCCUUGUGAAAGUGGAGUCGUUCAUUUUUCUGGCAGAUUUUUGUGAUACUUGA